CGCGGACAGACCGGUGAGGGGAAGUUUACUGAGGUCCUGAGGUCCUUCUCUAUGCCGGGGCUGCUGCUGCUGAACCAUGCCGACUGUCAGUGUGAAGAGAGACCUGCUGUACCAGGCCCUGGGCCGGACAUACACUGAUGAAGAGUUUGAUGAGCUCUGCUUUGAAUUUGGAUUGGAGUUAGAUGAGAUUACCUCCGAGAGAGAAAUCCUCAGCAAAGAAAAAGGUGAUGGAAAAGUGGACGGAGCAUCAGAUGUCAUUCUCUUCAAGAUUGAUGUGCCUGCCAACCGCUACGACCUGUUGUGUCUGGAGGGACUGGUUCGUGGGCUGCAAGUAUUUAAAGAGAGGAUCGAUGCCCCUAGAUAUAAAAGGAUUACACCUGCCGACAGUCAGCUCCAAAGGCUGUUCAUCACAGAGGAGACAGCCGCAGUACGCCCCUUUGCAGUGGCCGCUGUGCUCCGGAACAUAACAUUCACCAAGGAGCGAUAUGAAAACUUCAUUGAUCUGCAAGAGAAACUCCACCAGAACAUAUGCAGGCGGAGAGCACUGGUGGCAAUUGGAACCCAUGAUCUAGACACCAUCACAGGACCAUUUAUUUACACCGCAAAGCCUCCCUCCAGUAUCAAAUUCAGACCACUGAACCAAAGCAAAGAGUACACUGCACCAGAGCUGAUGGAGCUCUACAGGACUGACAGCCACCUGAAACAUUUCCUGCACAUAAUUGAAGACAAACCAGUCUAUCCCGCGAUCUAUGACAGCAAUGGGGUGCUGCUUUCUAUGCCGCCAAUCAUCAAUGGGGAUCACACAAAAAUCAGCUUGAAUACCCACAACGUAUUUAUAGAAUGCACAGCCACGGAUCUUACAAAGGCUAAAAUAGUUCUGGAUAUUAUGGUCACUAUGUUCAGUGAAUACUGCAGUCAACCAUUCACCGUGGAGGCUGCUGAGGUUAUUUACCCAGAUGGAAAAAGUUACUUCUACCCGGAGCUGGCAUACAGGAAAGAAACGCUUGCUGCCCACAAAAUAAACAGCAAAAUUGGGAUCAGGGAGACUCCAGACAAGUUGGCUAAACUACUUACACGGAUGUGUCUGAAAUCUCAAGUGUUGGAAGAUGGGGAGCAGCUGGAGGUUGAGAUCCCCCCUACACGAGCAGACAUUAUUCACGCCUGUGACAUUGUAGAGGAUGCAGCUGUCGCCUUUGGUUACAAUAACAUCCAGAUGACCAUCCCCAAAACGUACACCAUUGCUAACCAGUUGCCUCUCAAUAAGCUGACAGAAUUGCUGCGUCAGGACUUGGCCGCUGCCGGCUUCACCGAAGCUCUGACCUUCGCCUUGUGUUCAGUUGAUGAUAUUGCAGAUAAACUGGGGAUUCCUGUCUCCGCCACCAACGCUGCACACAUUGCAAAUCCCAAGACUGCAGAAUUUCAGGUGGCUCGCACAACCUUACUGCCCGGCUUAUUGAAAACGGUUGCAGCCAAUCGCAAAAUGCCUCUCCCUUUGAAACUGUUUGAAAUAUCCGAUGUGGUGACAAAGGACAACACUAAAGAUGUCGGAGCGAGGAAUUUUCGUCACCUGUGCGCAGUCUAUUACAACAAGAACCCGGGGUUUGAGGUCAUACACGGCCUGCUGGACCGCAUCAUGCAGCUGUUAGCAGUCAGUCCUGGCACCGAGAAAGGAUACCGGAUCAAAGCUGCGGAGGAUCCAGCUUUUUUCCCCGGCCGUUGUGCAGAAAUACUGGCUGAUGGCAAAACCAUAGGAAAACUGGGCGUCCUGCACCCUGACGUCAUCACAAAAUUUGACUUGACUAUGCCUUGUUCAGCCCUGGAAAUAAAUGUGGAGCCAUUCUUGUGAUAAAGAAUCAUCCAUGGAAAUUGCUUUUAAUCACAGACGGGAUAUACAAAAAUGGGCUGACAUAACCUAAUACUUUGAACACCAUUAUCAGUUCAGCCAUCCAUUCGUGUUUUAGGCGACGUCAGGGCACGCUUACCUGCAGGGCAGAUUGAGACCUAAUGUGUGCUCUCCAGCUGGUUUUAUAGACUGCACCCAGUGGACUUUGUGAUAAAUGAGCUCAUACAUUGGUUGUAUUUUAACAGCAUACUGGGAAUACACCUCUGAUACAUUCAGUGAAAGUGCACAGAGGUGUUGAAGAUAAGGAGAUCUAAGGGCCCUUUGACACAGGCCGGCAGAGCAUUGCCCGCUUCUAUGUUGGUUCUUCCCUAUAAUCAUCUUGUUUGUUGGGAGCACAUCCCUGUUACACAGGGCAAAGUGCUGCCCACAGACUGGAAAUGAUUGUAUGGACACUUCCCCAAUAAUUGUCCCAAUCCGCAGUCCAUGUAAAAAGGGCAUCUGUCAGCAGAUUUGUA